GAUGAAAUUAUAAUUUUUUUUAUUUUUAUUUUCUUUAGAAGAAGAAAGAAAAUCUUCCUCUCCGUCGAAGCAAUAAUCGGACAACACCGCCGUCCGCCGUCCGCCGUCCGCCGUCCGCCGGGAUAUGGAUUGUAUCGGAGAGGAUUAUUAUAAUUCCUUAGGGACUGACAUCUUCAUAGCAACAGAAGAGCCUGGCAGUUGGGGAUUCGACGAGCCGGUUUCCGGCUAUUAUGAUUCGAGUUCGCCGGACCCGUCGUCGUCGGCUUCGAAGAACACAGUAUCGGAAAGGAAUAGGAGAAAGAAGCUCAACGAGAGGCUUUUUGCACUCCGAUCGGUUGUUCCCAAUAUAACUAAGAUGGAUAAGGCUUCAAUUAUAAAAGAUGCUAUCGAUUAUAUCCAAGAAUUGCAUGACCAAGAGAGGAGGAUUCAAGCUGAAAUUUAUGAGCUCGAAACAGGAAAGUUGAAGAAGAUAACAGGUUAUGAAUUUGACCAGGAUCAGCUUCCCUUGCUGCUCAGAUCAAAGAGGAAGAAAACUGAUCCUUACUUCAGCUUUGAUUCUCCUGCUUCAAGAAUUUCCCCCGUUGAAGUCCUGGAUCUUAGUGUAACAUACAUGGGGGACAGAACAAUAGUAGUGAGCAUGACCUGCUGCAAAAGAGCAGAUUCAAUGGUUAAACUCUGUGAAGUUUUUGAAUCACUGAAGCUCAAGAUCAUCACUGCCAAUAUUACUGCCGUCUCUGGAAGGCUUUUGAAAACUGUCUUCAUUGAGGAAAAUUAGAAAAUACAGCACAAAAUGGGGCAUAAACUAAGUAUUGAUUGCUUUUGAAUGGAGAAAGGUAGAAGGAAGUGGGUCUAUGGGAAAUCAUUCUAUAAUGAGCUGUCCAAGGAAGACAAAAGAUAUGAUAUGCAAAUAAAGGAAUGGGAUAGACUAAUUUGUGGGCUUAUAGUCAAUAAAAGUUAUAAGAAACCACUUUGCCAGAGUGAAAAAUCACUUGUGAUGCAAAAAUUUGGUGAGGUUAGGAAUGACAGCAUUUCUCCAUUACCUCAUCUCAUCACCCCACAUUUUUUGGAACAUGUAAUUGGCUAACAUGUCUAUUGCUUUUCUCCACUUCACCCUUCUUUUUCAUGAUUGUGUUCUCAAUUAUAUACAAAAUUUUCACAUCCAGCUAGUGGCAGGUUUACAUUUAUAAAGUUUUUCUUUCCCCCGAGGCUAACCUGCCUGUCUUAAGUUCACACCUCUCUCCUAGGUGUCUUUGUCACAAGGCAGAGGGUUAUAUUGAUGAUGAUAAGCCUAUCCAACCAAGUUGAUAGAUACUACACAACUCUAGGUCAACUUUUUUAUUGGUUCAUUUAUUACUUACUAGGAACAAAGAAAUUCAAAACAAGUUGGUUGGUGAUUGAAUUCAACACAAAAGAAUAGUGACUACCGUAUUUUAAGACUUAUCGAUCAAUCACAUUCUCAGAUUGAUAUUGGAGUGAGAAUUGAUGACAUAGUUACUAAACUAUAUUUGGAUCUGACAAAGUUUAUAUAUUUGUUUUUCUAGUUUAGGAUGACAACUAUUUUAAAAUAAUAAUAAUAAUAAUAAUAAUAAUAAUAAUAUCAUUUCUUUCCAAUUACUGGAAAUAAUUGUCGAAUGGGUGCUCAUACUUUAAAUAGGUAUAAGUUGUAUAAUUAACUUUUUUAGCUUUCACUUUUUUCUAGAAAGCAAUCAGACAAAUAGGAAAGAGAAUAAUCAUAUAAUUGAUGCUUUUAAUUAUUUGUGUUUUU